AGCUUCGUCUGCUUCAAUCGUGAAAUAACGGCAAAGCUUGCUAGAUGUGUGGAAGAUAAGGUGGUUCGACCCUCGGUCUGCAAUUGUAAUGCUGAAAUAGUACAAUGCAAAAUCGAUACUGUAUCAUCGGCGCUGGGGCUUCCGGUAUAUGUUCUGCCAAGACAGCACUAGAUGCUGGUGGCCGUGUGACUGUAUACGAAAGAACCGAUCGGAUUGGAGGCACCUGGGUGUACACCGAAGAUGUAGGUACCGAUCGGUACGGACUGCCGGUGCAUUCCAGUAUGUACGAAGGGCUGAAAACGAACCUUCCGAAGGAAAUUAUGGGAUUUCCUGGCUACGAAAUGCCAGAACAAGAUGCAUCCUACGUUCGAUCGGAUGAAGUGUUGCAAUUUCUUCAAGAUUAUUCCGAUUUUUACGAUGUUACCGAGAGGAUCAACUUUGCACAUCUAGUGGAGGAAGUAAAACCAGCCACGGAUGGCUCCAAUGGAUGGACCGUACGGAUAAGGAAUCUCACCGAUGAGUCAAUCAAUACGCAAUCGUUCGACUUUGUAUUGAUUUGCAACGGACAUUACCAUACACCUCACAUUCCCGAGUAUGUUGGUCGUGAAAAUUUUCGUGGCAUGCAGCUACACAGUCAUGACUAUCGUAAGCCGGACAUCUUUCGAGGACAAAAUGUAUUGGUGAUUGGGGCUGGUCCGAGUGGAACGGAUCUGACCUUGGAAGCUGCAAAACAGGCGAAAACCGUCUACUUCAGUCAUCAUGUACCGGAGAAGUUAAAAAAUCUGAUUUAUCCCACCAAUGUCAUUCAGGUGCCAGACGUACUUCGCAUUCAUCAAGAUUCCGUCGAGUUCCAGGAUGGGUGUAACCACCAGAUCACCGUCAUUUUCUACUGUACUGGAUAUCGAUACAGUUUUCCAUUUCUACAUCCCGACUGUGGUGUAGAUGUGGACGAUAAUUGGGUUCGGCCACUGUAUAAACAUGUGCUGAACAUAAACCAUCCGACAAUGGCCUUUAUUGGGCUACCGUUUUACGUUUGUGCUACGCUUAUGUUCGAAUUGCAGGCUCGAUUUUGUGUAGCGUUUUACAGUGGACGACUUUCAAUGCCCAAGAAGACGGAAAUGCUCGAUGAUCACGAGUGUGAGAUGAACGAGCGGAGGAGCAGAGGGUUAAAGAAACGACAGGCGCACAUGAUGGGUGCCGACUAUCAGGGAUCGUACUAUCGAUCCCUUGCGCAUCGUGCACAGAUCACUCCAAUACCGGAAGUUAUGACGGAUAUACAUAUAGAUAGCGGAAAAAGAAAAAAGGAAGAUUUACAAAAUUAUCGAAACGACGUCUAUAGAAUUGUGGACGAUAAAACGUUUGUGAAGUGUCAUGUUUCAGAGUUAAAUAACUUGAUGGAGAAUCUUGCUCUUAAAAAAGCGAUGAAUUAAACGGAAAAGUUGUGUCUGUAUCGGUUUUUGAUAUUAGAUUGGUUUUAUAAUACGGAAAAGGUGUAAUUAUUUGCUUGUUUAUUUCCAAACUACGCCUCAAUA